GAUGAGCUACUGAGAGGUGGUGUUGGUGGAGGGGGCGAGAGAGGCCUGGUGUCAGAUUUCCGAAUCCUGGAUGCUGGAGGAAAGAGACAGAAAGAGAGAGCGAGAGAGACAGACAACAAAAUUCACAUUAGCAGCCUGCAUAGCGUACAGGAAGGCUUCGUGAGAGACGCCCACACUAAAGGCCGGCACACAAAAAGACCCACGGGCUGUAAAGAGGGAAAAUGAGAAGACAAAGGCUGGAGCAUACACACAGCCAGACAGAUGUAUACACAUAGGGUAGGAGCCGAGUACUUACACACAGGGAGAACAAGAUGGGGAGCACUUACUUGUGGGUAUUAUGAGUGACAGCAAGCAGGGGAGGGGCAAGGCACUCACCGGAGCACACACAAAGGGGUACACAGACCUCCAGACACACAAGCACAGGGCACACUACACACAGACAAGGGGGGUCACAAUGAAAAUGCUCAGCCAUUAACACACAGAGACAUACAGACAGCCCUAACACAUUAGGGAAACUAGCUACACUCUGGCUUGUGUAAGGCCAUGUUACUCCAUCCAGAUGACCCUAUACAGCUGUUAGCCUGAAAUCCUAAUUCUGCGAGGGACACGUGGAUCCCCCACUAUGAUUGACAUCGGCAGUAUCACCCCUCGUAGCACUCCCAGUAACUCCCCCGCUGUGCGGAGGCGACUGGCUAGCAUCGAUUCGGAGAACAUGGUGGAGAAAGGAUCGGAGGGCUCCUUGGAGCGGGUACCAAACAGUCAGAUAUCCACGUCUCCACAACCAGCCUCCUUGCCUAUGAACCUGGGCAAUGCACAACUUCCCACCCAAACCAGCUCUCAGCCUGGAACCCCACUACCUUCCCAACUCGGGCGAGGAUUUAUACGAAACAGCAAGAAGAUGCAGAGCUGGUACAGUAUGCUGAGCCCCACUUAUAAGCAGCGCAAUGAGGAUUUCCGCAAAAUCUUCAAGAAACUCCCAGAUUCUGAGCGCCUUAUUGUUGAUUACUCCUGUGCAUUGCAGAAAGAUAUUCUACUUCAGGGAAGACUUUACUUAUCGGAGAACUGGAUCUGUUUCUAUAGCAACAUCUUCCGAUGGGAAACCACUAUAACCAUUCAGUUAAAGGACAUCCAAUGUAUUAAGAAAGAGAAGACGGCAAAGCUAAUUCCUAAUGCUAUCCAAGUGUGCACUGAAACUGAGAAGCACUUUUUUACUUCUUUUGGAGCCAGAGAUCGCUCAUUCCUGCUGAUUUUCCGCCUUUGGCAAAAUGCACUUCUAGAUAAGACUCUGUCGCCGCGGGAGCUGUGGCACAUUGUGCACCAGUGUUAUGGCACCGAGCUCGGACUAACCAGUGAAGAUGACGAUUAUGUGUCACCUCGUGAGCUCCUGAAUGGCCUGGGGGUUAGUGACGAGUUUCCUGAGGGGACGGACCUGAGUGACACUUCUUCCCGUGGUGAUUCCAAAUUGAGCACCAGCCUUCCAUUGCCAGCAACAGACUCCUUCACUUCACUUGCCAGCAGUGACGGGAUGCCCUCGGAGGAGGCAGCCAUGCAUUCAGAUGCUCAGUCUGACUCUCAGCUGGAUGGUUCGUCUAGUCAGACUGUGACUCCUCUCUCAGAGAUGGCCGGUACAGGACUUCUCGACUCUCUGCCUGCCUUAGACCUUCUGCCUGAUGAGGAACUUCCCACAGACCCCAGCAACAAUUCCAGCUCCACACAGGAUGAGGAUGGAAGCUGUCCCGCUAAAGACACCCUCUCAGCAGACCUUUCAGGGAGGCUUCAUAUUAACGCUGUGUAUCACAUUAGUGCAGAGCGUCUGCAGCAAGCUUUGACCUCCGAUACUGUCUUCAUGAAUGAGUUCAUGGCACAGCGUAAAUUCACAGAUGUGUUAAUGAGCCCAUGGGUGAGAGAAAACAGUGGUAAGCAGACCCGUGUUAUCAAUUAUACAAUCCCUAUCAACAACCCACUGGGACCAAAAUCAGCGCCUGCAGUGGAAACCCAGGCCGUGUACAGCCAGAGGGGAUCAGUGUGGGUAAUGGAGGCGCAGGUGGUAACUCAGGGCAUUCCAUACCAGGAUUAUUUUUACACAGCUCAUCGGUACUGCAUAUUCACAGUGGCCAAAAACAAGUCUCGUCUCAGGGUGUCCUCAGAGAUCUGUUAUAGGAAGCAGCCCUGGAGUCUGGUCAAAGCCAUAAUAGAGAAGAACUCAUGGAACGGAAUGGAGGAGCACUUUAGCCAGAUGGCGGAUGCCGUUGUGAAGUUGGAGCAGCGCUGUGUACAAGAAUUAGGGGGCAAAGAGAAACAGACUCUGCGCCGCAGGAAACGCACACUGAGCUGGCGGGCGAUGCAGGGAGACCCACUGAAUACUGUUCCUCCGCCUAUUGAGAGCGAUAGAGGGGCUCGGAUCUCCAGGGUUUCAGGCAGCAUCUCCUCCCAGCUCUCUCACGUAUCAGACAGAGGAUCUGUACAAAACUUCCGUACAGUGCUGUUCAUCAUCACAUUUUUCCUGGUGGCCCUUGUGAUCCUUAAUGUGAUGUUAUUUUACCGGCUAUUAUCUCUGGAGCACACCGCUCGGACAUUCCAAACAUGGCAGAGCUAUGCCGUGUCUCAAGGGAGGUUCCCGCAAAGCUCUGCAGACUGGGCAGAGAUACUAGAGUUGCAGAAACGUUUUCACAGUGCAGAGGUACAAAAAUGGAAGCAAACACUCCGGGUGUCUGUACAACUACUGGAUGAGGUGAGGACCAAGAUGAGAAUGUCUCUACAAAGACUACAGCAAGGAGUCAUGGUCUCUGACCCCACGUCAGAAGCUCAUGAGGAAGAUGCUUUGUCAUGACAGACAUCCCUCCAAAAAGGAAUUGUUUGGAACUUUUCAUAAAGAAGCUUGUGCCACUCCACAGGGGGCACACAGUGAUUACAUUUCAAAAUUGGACCUCCUACCAGAAGAAUGUGGCGCGUCCUGAGCUUUUGCUCAGCAAGGAGUGCUAGGAGCUGGUUAUCCAACAAGCACUAUAGUUUUGGCGACAAGUGCCCUGCAGGGAUUAGAGUGCUGGGAACAGAUACCCUUCAGGGACUGGAGUACAUGGGAAAUAUCUGGUUGUAUUUGAGUGCUGGAUACUUAAUACAUUCAGAGGUUUUAAGUGUUACUGAACUGCAGAAGAACACAAGAUAUUGUCCAUCUUGCAGUGCAGAGCAUUGAUGGGAUCGAGCAUCAACAAAUAACCACUUAACUGAGAUAUCUAUUGUAAACUGGACUUAAUCUGGGUGUAGAGCACCCAAAAAUAUGAACUUAUAUUAUCAACUCCUUUGAUGUGCUCCAUCUUUCUACAAAGGGGUCAUUGUUUCUGGUUUAAGGCUUCUUCAGUGUGCAGCCCACAGUCUUAACUCUAUGGGGCCUAUCUAUCAAGCUCCGAAAGGAGCUUGACGGCCCGUGUUUCUGGCGAGUCCUCAGACUCGCCAGAAACAGCAGUUAUGAAGCAGCGGUCACAAAGACCGCUGCUUCAUAACCUGUCUGUCUUCUCUGAGCAGGCGGACAGACAUCGCUGGAAAUCAACCCGAUCGAGUACGAUCAGGUUGAUUGACACCCCCCUGCUGGAGGCCCAUUGGCCGCGAGUCUGCAGGGGGCGGCGUUGCACCAGCAGCUCUUGUGAGCUGCGUUUUGCUCUCCGUAUUCAGCGAGGUCUGGCGGACCUGAUCCGCACUGUCGGAUCAGGUCUGCCAGACCUUGAUAAAUAGAGGCCAUUGAAUGUAAUGAACCAUAUUAUAGGACUGUGAGAUGCACCUAUGAAGGGGUCACCAUGUUGUUCUGUUUUUUGACAGUUUUUGUUUAUGAAUGAGGUUAGAGAAUGCUACAUAACAAAACGGAGUUGUCCGUAUGUGCCUGACAUUGCUGGCACCAGCACUGACAGCAGCUGCCCACAAAAUGUUAAACACAUUCCUAUCAGUUCAACUAUAAUCCUUCUCUACAGAGAAUCGCAUUAAGGACCCACAUGAUAUUGUUUUGUAAUAGGUUGUAGAAUCUCUAGUAGGUAUUAUUUAUAGUAAGCACUUAUAUAUAUCUAUAUAUUUAUGUGCAGCUCUGCCAGCUCAGAGUGAUGUUUAAGUUUCCUGAUAAACCGUCUUUUUUUGUUUUUUCCCCUAUGAUAAAUAGUGCAAUCUCUUUAGAAAUCAAGACGUAUAUCUAAUUUAGUUAUUUAUUUUUAGCUGAUAACCCCCUUCAGAACUACAACCUAAUUUCACAAUAUAUUUAUGAGUAGUUUGCUAAUUUUUGGGAAGCGCGAUGAAGAUAGGCAAAACUCGUAAAAUAUUUAUGAAAAUGAGUCUGUUUUGAAUGUGCAAUAAGUUGCUCAGUGAAGUCUGUGAUAACACAACAACAAGAUUGUAAUAUUUUUUACAUUUGUGUGUAAAAUGUGCCCCACUCAUUACUAGAUAUAGGCCAAUGGUGGGCUCCGCAGUUGGCUUUAUUAAAAUGAAUAGAUUCAUCUUGGGCAAUGCUAGUUCCAAGGUAACACCAGCAAGCCAUGUUUUAAUGACUGCCUUGUUUCAUUACAGAUGAGUCAGUUGAUAACUCAUAUUUUGGUCGCUCCACUUACGCUAAUGGGAGACCAUUUCAAAUCUAUAAAUAUAAUAAUCUAUUACGUUUGAAGAACCUUGAUUGCAAGGUACACAAUGUUUUGGGGGAUAGCUGGAAUACUAUUAAUUUUUUUUCUUCUCAAUAUGAUUCUGCCUAAAAGCAACAUAACCAUCUCUCCCUCUAAUAUUGUAGCGUCACUUGUUAUGGAGUUGAAGAAAUAAGAUAUUAAAUUUCUCAGUGUGUAACGUCAUGAAAUGAUCAUGUUAAUGCAAUAAUACAAUGCUCUGAUUCACGCUAAGAGUAUUAACAGAUAGUUAAAGGGACAGUAAACGCCAUGGGAUAUUUAUAUAAAAUGUUUAGUUUUGUAUAACGAAACAACUUUGAAAUAUACCCUGAUUAAUAAUUUUGUCCCCUUUUUAUGUAAUUUUGCUUUGAAAAUUAAGCAACUUCCAAUUCUCAGAACUUCUCAAGCCUAAGGGGUAUAUUUACCAAUGUGCGAGCGGACAUGAUACUAAGGUUGAUGUCCGCUGCACAUCGCGGCACAUCGAUAAAUGCUGACAGCAGUUCUUGUGAACCUCGUUCAAUGCCGCCCCCUGCAGAUUCAAUGCCGCCCCCUGCGUAUUCGACCGGGUUGAUUUCUGUCCGCCGCCUCAGAGCAGGAGGACAAGUUAUGGAGCAGCGGUCUUCAGAGCGCUGCUUCAUAACUUCUGUUUAGGCUAGCCGGAAACGAGGGGCAUCAAGCUCCAUACAGAGCUUGAUAAAUAUGCCCCUAAAUCUAUUACAUAUCUGUCCCUAAUUGUCUUUUACUGAUAAAAUUACAAAACAAAGCAUUUUAUACUAAGAUUAUGACUGUGAGUAGCCUUGGUGUCUGCAGACUAAAGCACAGAUUGGCUCAUCAAACAAAGGCAAAUGGUGGGUGGAGUUUGGUUAUUGAAAAACAAAUACAGUAAAAAAAGUUUAGACUUGGCUGAUAUGUUAUUCUAUAGCAAUCUAUAGAAAUGUUUUGUAAUUACAAGGUGUUUACUAUCCCUUUAAACUCACACAUCAAGCAUGCUGACAAGCAGGACGUGGAUAGUAAUUAGUGGAUACUUGAAUAUGUUGCCUCUGAUUGGCUCUUUGUCCUGCUUGGGGUAGUAAUGCACUGUGACUCUUGAGCAGAAUUUUAACUGUGUGUUUGUCCCCUUUGUGAGGGUUCGACUUAUAGUUACCAAGGAGCAUUGGUAUAAUAAUAAUAAAAUAUUUGAAGGCAUUAGAGCAGUUUAUUAAUGCAUUAAAAUGUUCGUUCAAGGUUAACACAGAGAACCCUAAUAUUUAAGAGGAAAACUGAUCAUAUAUGUCUAAGGUUGUAAGUAUAUCUCAUUCCGGUUAGGAUAAAAACUAGCACAAGCCCUUAUACAAAAAGAAACAGUUGGGUUCAGUAAAUAUAAUCUACAGGAUGCCCAAACUGUCAUGGUCAGUUAGGAGAUGGAUAAAGGGCAAACAAAAAAUCUAAAGCAAAUAACUAAAUUUCACAGUCAAAGAAUAUUACAAGAGGCAGUGGGUUUUAUUUAUCAAGUGAUAUUGCCUGGUAAACCAGGCUUGCUAGUUGACUAGAGAGCUGUAGUUGCCCAUUUAUAAGCGUAGUGCGUCCUCAUACUUACCUCAUUGGCUGUUAGGGCUGGCAGCCACACUCUGACAGCCAAGGGAUUAAAUACCAUGAUGUUUUAUCAAAACCUGUGACCCAAGACUUUGCUAAUGUAUUUCCUUGUCAUGUGCCAGCAGAGAAUGUCUACAUUAACUGUAUCACUGCCACUGGCCCCUGCUAAGCAAGCCCCAGUAAGGAUGAUUUCCUGGCAGGCAUGCAGAGCAUUGGUUCACUGCCACAGAACAUACAGAGCAUUUUUCUGUACAGAGAGACAGACGUGUGAGAAUGGGCUGGUCCCAUUUAAUAUUAAUGUGCAUAAAAUACCUCACAUAACCUUAUCCAGUGUCACUGUAAAUAGAACAGGACAUCCGUACCUUUUUGUGUGCCACGUAGGGACAGAUCAGGUAGGGCUAGACAUUUACUCCUGUAUAGCUAUACCUUGUCAAACCAUGUGAACAUAAUAUCUUGCACAGAGAUGUCCUUUUUUAUUCCUGUGCUGAUGUAUUAUAGCAAAGAUGAUGGUAUCAGGGCUGUGUUUUCACCAUAUUCCCUCCAUAUAAAUGUUCUGCAGGAAAUUAGCCAAGACUGUACUGUGCAUUCUCUGUACAACUAAAUGUCAAUAACCUGUAAAUAAUAAGCAUUUCAUUUCAUUAACCUUUUUGCUGCUGAUGUGUCCCACAAAGAAACAACUCCCUGAACCUUAUAUUAAUGCUUUUCAGCCCCUUUUUAGCAUUGAAGGGGAUAAUAAGUGGCAAGGGUCAAGCACGGCAAGUGAUUAUUGAACUUCCUAGAGUCUCAGCUCCUCCACACACUGUAUGAACUUAUUUUGCACAAAUCAAUGUACUGUCACUUUAAAGUGUUAUUUUCAGUUAAGCUGUUGGGGUAUGGAUAAAAAUUGAGGGGUGGGAGAAGAAGCCCAAGUUCCUGUGUCAAUGCAUGUAGCAGGUCUGAUGUGUCUCUUGUUGGCAAAUCCUUUAUACCCUUCUGACUCUAGAGGGAUCCAUAGAGCUUGCUCUACAGUUGCUCUUCCAGUACAUGAGUUUCCACGUGUGACUCUAUAUGGACCAGCUUUGCACCGGCUAUAGACAAUGGAUCGGUAAUAACCUUUUAUUUAUUUCAGUAUUCGCCAACAGAAAGGUUGGCCAUGGGCAUCCAAGGGGUUUGGGCCCAGCUCUUACGCCUUUUCUCACUUACAGUUAGGACUCUAAACUGGUUCCUGGGAUAUUAGUCAAACCAGACACGGGGAUGCAUAACAGCCACAAAGACAACCCCAGAGUAAAUGCCAAGCGCAAUGGAAAAUAAGGUUGGAGGGAAAACAGUGAGCAUGAUACAACCUUUUUUUACUCAACAGCAACCAAACAGCAGUAACUAGUUUAUCCAGUUUGCUAAAGGACAUAUAAAACCCUGGACAGGGAAGGUUUUAGCUAGACUUGAACUGAUUGUAUGUGUGAAUGUGUGUCCACUGCUAAUAUUUAUUAAAAUACAAAUGAUUUGAAAAUA